UGGGUAGUGGCGAUCCGGCGCCAUGUCCGCCUCAGGCGUGGCGGUGCUGCUGUCCUGGCUGAGCUGUUGCGGCUCGGCCCUGUGGAGGUAUUACAGUAACAGCCCAAACUAUGACAUUUUUAGUACCAGAAGUACUAUUAAGUUAGAGUAUGAAGGAACAUUAUUUUCUGAGUGGAGUGCUCCAGCAACUUGUUCUAUAAAAAAUAAAAGAUCACCCAAGACAGAACUACGAUGUUCUUCUCCUGGUAUUCAUGCUAUAAAACCAAUUGUUUCAGGCCCAGAUUUAGAGGAAGAACGCUAUUUAUCUGUGGAAAGUUCUCAUAUUUGCUUUCUAUGGUAUUAUAAGGCUAUAAAUUUUGUUCACAAUUUAACCCAGAUUGUCGUUUUAUGGAUAUACGAUCCAGAAAAUGCGGACCCCAGUGAGUUGCUAUGGAAUGCCAAUGAACCUUCCCUA